ACCAUGACAGUUGCAGAAAUAAAGCCGCGGUAGUUUUAAAAACGUUUGAAGGAGGCUGUGAAAAAAUGAAAUGUUAAAGUAACUGGACUGUCAAUCAUCAACAAAAAAUGGAGGCUGAUAAGCUCAUCAUCAGAAGUAAAACCCCAGAUGGUGUAUUAAGCUUUGAUGAAUAUGGAUUUGCUGUGUUUUCAGAAGAUCAAGCGGAUAUUGAGCGUAGCCAUAACUACACCAGUAGCUUGGAGAAUCCAUCUGAUGAGCACCAGUUGGCCUGGGAGAGGUACGUUGCUGACUGGCCCAGCUCCUACAUCAACUCCCCCAACAAGUUGAGAUACCUACUGCGUAAGGGCACGCCCAGACCGCUGAGACCAAUCCUGUGGGCCAAACUCCUAGGGUGUGAGCAGCAACAGAAAACGUCUUCAUUCAGUUAUUCGGAGUGCGUACGGGCUGUGCGUUCCCAGAUGGUUGAGCUUGGCAUCAGUGAGUACUGCUUCCACCCCCACCACCAGGUACUGGAGGAUGAGGAUGAGGAGGAUACCGGUAGACUAAGGGAGGAGGAGAAGGAGAGACAUCACCCGGCCAAGAUGAAGCAUCUCAUCCCCCUGCAGAUCCUCAGACAGAUUGUCGUCGAUCUAGAGCGUACAUUCCCCACUCAUCGUCUCUUCAUGGGAUCCAAACCGGAGGCGAAGGAGGGGCGUGCGUCUCUCUUCCGGCUUCUUAGUGUGUAUGCACUGUACAACCCAUCUGUCGGGUACUGCCAAGGGAUGUCCUAUUUGGUAGGCAUGCUCCUGAUGGUGAUGAAGGAGGAAGAAGAUGUUUUCUGGGCCAUGGUGGCGCUCUUUGAAAAACCCAAGUUCCUUGCCGGCUACUUUGAUAUGAACCUCAAAAGAAUCCAGAGCCAUGCUUCUCUCUUCCAGAAACUGCUUGGUCAGCGCUUUCCAAAAGUGGCCAAACAUUUUGAUUCUCUUGGUGUUCAACCUCUGAUGUACGUCACUCCCUGGUUUAUGUGUCUCUAUACAUCGCUACCAUGCUGGGAUACGAUACUAGCGAUCUGGGAUCUGAUCCUCCUGGACGGGGUGACCACCAUAUUCCGAGUCGGCCUCUCUCUGAUUGACAUCCAUCAACAUGUCAUUCUUGCAAACACCGAUCUCACCAAGAUAUUACCUCCCCUGCUGCACCCAAAGCCUGAAAUGGUGUUACAUGAAAUCCUCAUACCAGCUGUAUGGAAGAUGAAUGUAGAGAAAUGGGAGAUAGAGACACUCCAAGCUAUAGUGGCCGAAGAGGAGGACCCUGUACACUCAGGGAAGAAGAGACGUCACCAGGCAGAGAAAACGUUUGGAGAGGUAUCGCAGAAUAGCAAGCGUAUCAGACUAGAAGAAAAACCAAAACCAGCCGCGACCAGCAGCUUCUUCCAGCGAGUGAUCAACAUCUUCACUCCUCAGAACCAGAGAGACAAUGAGCUUCCGGGUCAAGGAAGUUCCGUGACGACCUCCCGAGGUCAACAUCGCCAGGACACAAGACACAGCCACCGGCUGAUACAGAAGGGACCAGGAGCAGCACGACCCGCAAGGCAUCGUUCCAGCUCCAAGGUCAAAGAGCUGUCAGAGGGAGGGUCAGCUUCAGGGAAAGCGAUGAAGGGUGGUUCUGGGUGGAAUGCUGCAUCCAAGGAAGAUCUGGCAUCAUCCAGGAAGAGGAUGGAACAGGAUGAUGGGUGUGAAGCACAGGAGAGACGUACCAGAUCUGGGUUUACUGCAUUGGGAAGCGGUCAAACAAGAAAGGAGAGUGCCAUGACGGAUACCUCAAACUCGGGUAGGAGACGUACACCUAGGAAGGUUCCAGUUGAAGAAGACAGAGUGGUCUUCAAAGGUCUCAGACAAGUACCGCUGACACCAAGAUCAGCUGGAAGAAGCAAGCUGUUUGGUCGCCUCCAUGCCCAGGUCUUUGGUAGCGAAGAGCCCCAAGGGCCACCACUCUCCCACCCUCUUGAGGAUCCGGCAUCACCUGAACGCCGGCGUAGGACCCCUACCAAAGCUAGACGUAGUCUUGCCAAGUCACCGAAGCAACAGCAGAGGACAUCUCCACGGGUGUCGACCAGAUCUCAAAGACCACCAUCACGCAGUAGCUGGUUGUCGCCCUACUGCAAGCAAUACAUGGUGAAUCCUGCUCACAAGGCCCGCCACCAGACUCCACUUCAGAAGCUACACCAUAUCAACAACGCAAAGGACCUCCACCUCAGCCCACCAAGAAGCGCAACUCCGGAACUUGAUUUUGACCACGUGGCCAGUCCCAUUCGAGGGACACUGGACAAAGAGAACAGUCCGGCCCAGACCGUGUCACUGGACGGUCAAGUAAGAUCAGCGCCCUCUAUGGAGAGCCUGGAGUCAACUCCAGAUGGUGUCCUGUCUGUUCUAGGUGAACAGAACUCACAGGCAUGGAGAGAAAUGAGAUCCCCUCUGUCCGAAAGGUACUCCACACUGAAUGAGAAUAACAACUCGCUGUUCAAGACCCCUUCACAUCCCAUGCAUCUGAGGCCCAAGCAGUUCACACCUGGCAUGUACAGCGCAAGGACACCUAGAAGUGAAGAGCGCCACCUAGUGGGCUGGCAGAACCCAAUGAACAUGCCAUCAGCAAGGAGGCUGGUCUGUCGCUCUGCGAAAGCUCAGCAUUCAUUCAAGAUGUUUCACACACCAACACCCGUUCGGCAAUCAAAGGUCCUGGAUCUACACCAGAGUCCCAAUCUAUCAAGUCCAGAGGUGGAGCUGAUGACCAUGUGCUUCGGUUCCCCAACUGCUACCCUCAACCUGAGUGGAAUGAAAUUAGAUGAUUGAGAUUUUCACAAAAUAUCUUAAACCUUAUCUGUACUAGU